GUGAGUAACUUUCUCAUUUUGCAUGUCCUAUUGUAGAGAACAGGUUUUCAAAACAUCCAGAGAAAAGGUUUUGCUUGCAAGUUUUAAGUGAUCACUAGCCCUUUGUUUAUUAAAAUAUGUCCCCUACUCUGUAUGCUCAUUUAUACUCACUCCUAACAGCUAUGGCCUUUUGAAGCUACAUGGAAAAAUAGUAGCAGGUGAAAGGUUAUUUUUCUUGAUGCCAGCCUAGAACUAGCCUGUUAAUUAUCUUAAAAGAGAAACAUAUUGGCCCAGUUAGUCCUUAACUGAUGUAAAUCAACAUAGCUCCAUCAACUUCCAUGGAGCUAUGACAAUUCAUACCACCAUUUGCUCUGACCCACUUUCUCUAAAGGCACCUAUUAUUAUAACAGCACGUAAUUGUCAGAUUACUAUAGAGUCUAGGGAGAAUAUACCCCCUCCACACUAACUAGCAGAUGGUAGGUGUCACUCCUGCUGAUAAUAUUUCUGUUACCUGAGGUUUUUCCAUUUAGUUGGAAAUUUUAACUGGAAUAUUUUGUUAGCAGUGUUUCCCAAAUGGUGGGUUGCAGGCCUAUGGGUGGGGGGAGGCAGGGAUUGGAAAACAAGCCCACCCCACACUCCCUGCUUAGCUGCGGCUCCUGUCCUGCAGGGCUGGGCAUGGUUCCCUGCUCUGGGUGUUGUGACCUGGCACACAGUGCUGCUUGGGGGCAGCUGGGCCAAAUUUUAGCAAGCAGAGAUGUGACCUGGUGCACCGGGUUUCAGUGCUACUCAUUCAUGUUUGGCCACUACCCCAUCCUAAUAGAGGGGUGGCCAAGCCAAAUUUCAGUGAAUGGCGUUGCCAUUGCUAGACUGCGUGCCAAAUUCCUCAUCCCCCACCUUAGGCUUAAGAACCCUGAACUCUAGCAUGAACUGCAAUGUCAAAGUAAUGUUUACACAGCUUUGUUUAGCAUGCUAGCACGAGUCUUGCUAGCACAAAUCUGUUGCCCUUGGCUGGGGGGUUUGCUGCCAGAUGUAGGGUAGACAUGUCUUAAGUGUGCGCCUGUCAGCUGAGGACUUCUUGCUCUGAGAGUCCUUGAAGACUGGGCUCCAUCUUCUCCGCAGAGCUGGAGACAUGUUCAUACUGUUUCAUUCUUUCCAUUUUUCCCUCAACAUACACAACUCUGCAACCCCAGUGUCUCUAGAUUAGACCCUCAGUUAUGCCCAUGGAAACCCACUGAGGGCUAAUGGGGUUGCACAGAUGUCACUGGGGGCCCACUUUGGCUUGUAGAAACUUUGUUACAGAUGACCAUGUGAGAGAAGGAAUGCCUGACUCUGAGACCCCAGGCUGAGUUUGCAGGAGUAGCAGGCAGGAGAACAAGCUUAUUACUUGCAAGCUUAUCAGAUUUGAUCUGGAACUCAAUGAUGCGCAAUGAAAAUGGAGCCCCACGCUGUCAUCUGUACAGAGUCACUGUUUAGGAUUGAACUGAACUUGAAAGAACAAAUUUUUAAAAAGUGUCAGAAACAAUUAAAAAACAAAAUCCUCCCCAUUUCAAAAUAUAAAAAUAAAAAAUCAGACACCUUAAAGUUUGGAAAGAUUGAUUGAAUCAUUCUUGUGGGCCCUUAAGUUUCUGUGCCAUCCAGCACCAUUUGCAAGGGCCAGAUUUGCAAAGGUAUUUAGGUGUUUAAAGAUGCAGGUAAUCUCCCUAGGUGUCUAACAAGUGCCUAAGUGAGUUAGGCACCUAAUUUAUGUUGAAAGCAAAUAAGAAUUAGGCAUCUGUCUCACGGAGGUGCUUAGCACCUAUCUGCUUCUUUAUAUACCUAAGUACCUUUGUAGAUCUGGCCCAAGGUCUGCAAAUGAACCAUCAAUUAUUUUUCCUCCAAAAGGUUUAUAACAAGUGCUCCCUAGAAAAGGUACCUCUUAUGCCAUUGCAAAGCUAAAGCUAAGUAGGAAAGAAAAUGGAGGCUCUGGUUACUUUAAAUUGAAAUCCUCAGGGUGAGGAGGAGGAAAAAGCAUUUUGCCUGAAUAACUGAACUAAAAAUCUGGGAAGAGGAUGACUGUAUAGGUCUAUAGUUUAAGAUGUGACCCUUAUCUGCAUUGUCCAUGACCUCAGACAUGAUGGUUCUGUAAGUGCUAGCAUCCAUCUGCUUUAAGAGUUCUUAUAGAUACAUACAGUGCUCUCUUGAUGUAAAUAGAAUCAAUAGAAAUCUCAGGGUUAAGCAUUUGGGGGACCCACCCACUCAUAUGUUUCUACCCUCUCCAGACCUCUCAACCUAAUGGUUUGUACAUUGAUUAGACUUUGAGUUGUAGUUUUCAUUGUGUCAUUGCCCUUCACAGAUGAAGAGAGCAGUUCAGACUAAUGCAGUUUCUUCCAUUGCAGUUCCACUUGCAUCUCAGGAUCAUUCCCUUUCUGUUCUUCAUCUUUAAUCUUAAAUCCAAAGAGGGGAGUCGCAGUGCUAGGUCACCGCACUUUGAAACCCAGGGCUGAAAUCUCUGUUUGAAGUCUCUGCGGUGAAGUUGUUAUUUACAUCACUUGGAAAUAGCUGUGGAGGUGCCCUUCUUGGGUUGCUAAUGCAGCAUCACAGAGUAUGUCUACACUGCAUUGUAAACCCAGAUUUGUGGGACUAGGUGUUUCCAAGUCCACACUUGAGCGUCCACACUGCAUCGUAAAGCUGGGUUUACAAUUGCUGGACCCGGGUCUCAGACUUAGUCUGUAGUGUAGAUAUACCCUAAGUGUUAGGUUACGUUAGUACCCAACUAAAAUAAUCAUGGCAACAAAAAACAGCACAGUUCCAUGUGCCACUGGGCCAGAAGAUUGUUCCAUGUACUGUCAGACUCAGACCCAUCCUUGGUGAUCUAUGGAUUUGUGACAUCCAGGUUUGAUUAUUGCAAUUUACUAAUACAGACUGAGCUGGUAGUGCCACUGUAGUUAAUGUUGGCUGAUGUUUGCUAUUAAAAGACCUUGUUUUCAUUUAUAACUUUGUCAGACUUUAAGCAUUUGGGCUGAAAUUUCCCAUGCUGGGUGUUUGCCUCAGGCUGAAUUUCUUUCUUUCUUUCUUUCUUUCUUUCUUUCUUUCUUUCUUUCUUUCUUUCUUUCUUUCUUUCUUUCUUUCAAGUUUUAUCAAAAAAAGGUUAAGCUGCUGCCAAGAACGAGAUUAGGGAAAAUAUGUUUUGCUUGUGUUUAAAAAAAAAUUCUUAUAGCUGUUUUGUUGAGAAGCACUAGAACUUCCAUGCUUUGGAGCAAGGACUUGAAAUUUGGAGGGAGUGUCGCUCUGGUGUUAGGGAUGUCUUUUGCUGUCCCAGAAAACAUUAGCUAAAUUUGACUAAGCCUUUGAAAAAUUUCAAUUUGCUCAGUAGAGACUUGUUAGAGUUUGGCAGCUAAAUUCUCUGAAGAUUCCACCUUUGCUAGGUAUGCUCCAUUUCCUCAUCGCUCCUGCGUACUGUGCAUGCACCAUCCCCGCGGUGUGACUGAGUAUGCCGUAACCCCUGAUUUCAUGUGCUUAAUAGAACUUUCCCUGCAAUUGCUGAAUGAGGCAGCGGUCCUGUGAAAAAAGUAGUAUGUGAUCAUGUCACUAAAGGCUGUCUCAUAAUGCAUAUGCACAAUGCAGCUGAAUUAAAAUUGCAUAGUCAGUCAUAAUGUUGGAAUUUUUCAAUGUUUGAGUGCUUGACUUUGCAACUGUGGUGUUUUUUUAAUGUAGCUUUUUGUGUAAAAUCUUUUAUGUAUUUGAAGAAUGGCAUGUUAUGUUUCUGUUCUCCCCUCUCUGAAACAAGCAGGGUGGAUCCCUGACUGUGAGUAUGUUAUUCCUUACAGGGAAUAUUUUCAGGGAGUCAGGUAAAUACCAUCAGUUCUCCUCUCCCCAUUUUUACCUUCUCCCUGUUCUGUCUCCCUGCUGUUUACCUCCCUAAGUCUUCUUCAGUUAAUACUGUAACAGUCCAUCCUGCCUUUCCUACUGGAUGCCAUAGCCCAAAUUCCAAGCGGAAGUGUAAAUGGGUGUAAGUUACAUUUCUUUACACUGACCUAAGGGACUGUAGGUCAGUGUAAGUGGCUUGACAAGGAGGCAGAAGAAUGUGUAAAUUACACUGGUUUAUGUUCUUUUGUAUUCCCUGCUGAAUCUGGCCCUAUUUAUCUGUCCUGCCAUGCUGUAUCAGUACUCCAGAGGCCAGCUUCUAGGGAAUGCAGUGGCACAAGCCAAGUGAUGGCAGUCAGGAGCAAAGGAAGGUUAGACCAUUAGAACCUUACACAUAGGUUUCUUUUAAGUUUAUUUAAAAAUUAAACUAUUGGCCUGGUUUUGAAGAGAAACCAGAUUUUGACUGCAGCUAACUAGCAAUAAACUCCUUACCACUCCUGUGUCCAUGACACUUUGUAGAGAAAGUGAUAAGGCACAAAAGGGGAAGUUGGAGGCUCUUACAACAGCAAGACUGUAGUAAAUAGUUCUCUGUCAUCUCUGUUCAUCCAUAGAGGCCUUGGUUGCUAGAUCCCAAAGUAGGCUCAUGGAAAAGCUAGAAGAGUUGUGUGCCAAGCAGUCCAAAGCAUUGUCUCCACGCCACAGGAAGCCAUUGGCCACGUUUGCUCACUUUCAAGAACACCGAGGAGAUCAGAAAGAAGUCAUCUUCCCGUCACCUUCCCAGAGCUGUCGAAGUAUGGAUAUGCCAAAACUGCAAUAUACAGCAGAGCUCCCAACAGUGUACAUUGAUUUACGGGAUGCUAAAUCACACAAAUCAGCGUUACCGUCCGUUGAAAAUCAAAGCUUGAGUGACAGCUCCACUGAAGACGAGGAGGAUACAACAGUUAAGGACCAACAGAAAACAAAGGAGAGAGUGCAAGAUUCUUCCCAAGGACCACGGGAUUGCACUGGGAAAAGCCUGCUGUUGCAGCAACUCCGUAACUUCCGUAAAGAAGCAUCUCAGCCUCUUGCUAACGAGGCCUCUAAGCAGGUGCUAAGAGAUGAAGGAGUGAGCCAGGAUCUUGAGAGCCCAGAAGAGAUGGGCACCCUGAAAAUCAGGAGAAAACGCUAUCUAAGAGUGAGAGGGGAGGCAAACAAGGUGACUUCCAGGUGGCUGGUGCGCUCAGACUCUCAGAGGGGAAGUCCCCCCUUGCCAAACCAUGUGAAACAUGAAGCUGAUUCUUCAAGGGAAAACCAGAAAGAGACUGAAGACACACUACAUUCAGGAAGUGCUUCAGAGCCCCCUCUAAAUAAAGCAGCAGAAUCCCCAAGGGCAGAAGAAAGCCCGAGAGAGCUGUCCCUAAAGGAAAAGCAGAUGAAAGAGAAGCACAGGAGACAGAGACUCCAGGAGCAGCUGGAGCAAUUGCAGCCUCAACACUCGGUCACUGGAAAGCAGCCCAUGGCAGAGAAAACUCCUGUUUUGUUUCACCCGGAAGCUUCUUAUUUGCCAGCUAUUAACACGUUGCCAAGUGCAGACAGCGUUAACGGUGAGAUGCUUCUCAUGACGAUUUGGCUCGCCAGUUGUGGACAGGUAGCCACAUGUGGUCAGCACAGUGGACGCUUCCCAGACACUGUCUUGACAGCAGUCGGCAUCUACCAGGCUCUUGUUACCUGGCUUCUCUCCCUGACAAUGGCUGACCCAAACAAGGUAAAAUCAUGUCCCGAUCCAGCUCAACUUGAAGUGAUUGGAGAGACUCCCUUUGAGGUACCUCCCUUGAAAGUGAAAGGUGGGCUCAAAGCCCCGUUUCAGGUGCUGGGUCUGCAGCAGGUCUGGCGAGAGGAUGGGCUGGCACUCUACGCUUGCCUAAUUCCAGCAGACGAAUCUCUGGCACAGAACAGCACCAAGAUCCGGAAGCAUAAAGCUAAGGAAGCUCUUCGAGGAACAUCCAUUUUUUACCAGCAGAUCUCUAUGUACCUCUCCCAUACAUGGCUUCCAAAUGUUAUCUGGUGGAGCAGAGAACUGACCAGUCGCCUCCAGAACCAACUAUAUCCACUCCUUCCGGAGAUUCCUGCUGUACGGCUCAACUGCAUCACUGCUCUUAACCCUGACCCUAAGGCAGUGGAGAAAGCAUUUGCAAUGCCAGCUGGGUUCUACUGGCAGACAGUAGAGACUGAUGAAAAAUACUUCCUUAACAGUAGUGACAUUGGGGCCAGUGCAGAUAUAGACACUGAGGUUGCUGUGGCAUUGCUGUUUGAAACCCUACUCCGAACUCCUUUGGCCGUCCAUCACAUGUUACAGCUGAUCCUCAGCUCUGGUUUGGAUAUCUGUGGGCUCCGCCUGCUCUAUCCCGAGCACAGCGUGCUGCUCUCUAGCACAGACAAGCUGCCUUCUACUUACACUCCAGAGGCUGGCAAGGCACCACCUGUGCUGGCUUUAGGCUUGAGAGGGCCAAAAGCACGGAGCGCCUUGCAAGAUAUCAUAGGGCCCUCGGAUCCACAGCUAGCCAGCAUGACAGACUGCGGCUCCAUCAAUGCCAUCUACUGCAGGAGCCAAGCCGAGCCCCUCGCCUACCUGCCCCACACAGGCAGCCGUGUGCACAGGGAGCUGUGCCUCUUGUUCGGAGGAAGAGCAUGCUGUGAUGAGGUGCUUCAUGUUGGUGUCCAGAAUCCUGCCUGCAAAUAUAACAAAUCAAGACCUCAGAGUUCUUCAUCUAAUAGAGUAAAUGCUGACCAAGAGAGAGCUGAUCUCCAGGACAUGGCACUGUCCAGACCUCCAGCAACACUGGUCUCGACCACCAAAGGGGAUGUCAUUUUGGUUGUGUCACCUGCUGUGCCUCCUCAUGCAUACGGGGAUGUGAUUUCAACCUGUACUCAGAGAGGCUUUACUCUGCAGGGAAUCAGGCAGCUGCGACUUUCUCCCAAGCGAGCCAUCAUGCUCAGCAUGACAACAAGUCAGAUGGCUGUAUUUUGCCCUAACAAGACUUCAAGUCCCCCUGAUAAGAGAUCCUCAAGAGAAGAACCUCCUGCUGAGCCACGCUUGCACUGUCUGAUUUUACUGCUGAGAAAGGAGAAUGCUGGCCAUCAUGUUCCUGCAUUGGUGAAAGGACUGAUGAAUGAACUGGCAGAACGAGGACUCCUUGGGGAGGUACGAAGCAACUUACCUCCCAGUGCUGAACUGGAACCUGCAUUGUGUAUUCACGUGACUCCCUAUACUGACAGCUUGUUGCAGACACUGGGAGGCAAUCUCAGUGCAGUGCCACACUCGUGUAAUGUUCCUCUGGAUCUUUUAUGCCACCGAACCUACGCCUCGGAUCCUGAAAUGGAACAAGUUGUCAUCCUGACACUGAUUGGAAAGGAAGCCAUGAAGAGUGCUGGCCAUCUUCUUUGCCAAAUCCUUCAUCCUGGCUUCCAGAAGCAACCUCAAAACCCAGAAGGACUUGACCCAGGGUUUGAGCUUCUGAGCCUCAAGUGGUUGCACCGUCUCACUCGGAGUCAGGCCAAAGAAGUAACCCCUUUCGAGGUGGGAGAUACCUCCUGGCAAAGAAGCAUCAAUAUGCUGAUGUCCAGCCCAGCUCUCAUCUGUGCGCUGCGGAGAGUCAGUGCCUUUGGGGUUCUUGCUGAGACCCUGAAGAAGCUGACGCUGCUGGGAGACAAGACAAGCACUAACACCAGUGACCUUCAGAGAGUGAUGGCCUUGACCCCAGAGAUGGCCUUCAGGCAGGCAGUCCUCUUCUUCACCGAGAAAGAGUUCAUAGCUGAUUGCAAACGUCGCCCUGCUAUGAAGUACCUGCCACCAUCUGUCAGAGGUUCCAGGGCUGAAGGGGGAGAGACUCGGAGAGGCCACGCAGAGCCAUUGUUCACCUACAUGCAAGCAGGAGCCCAGCUUCUUUGUACUGUGUUGCUGAUCAAACCUGGUGUCUGGGCUCAUAGCCUUGCUAGAAUCCUCCGAAAACUAGACCUAGAAAAAUUCAGCCUUGUUGGGAUGAAACACAUAAGCCUGAAACCAGACAUUGUCUUAGGACUCCUCUCAUCUGAAGCUGAACAGGAGCCUGCAAUUUUGGAAGCUCACUGCAGCUACCUCACCUCUGGUUCCUCCCUCGUGUUGUGCCUGCAGAGACAGAAUGCUGUAAAGAAGCUGGUAGACUUAUUGGGGCCAGAGGACCCUACGCUGGCUCAAACACUAGACCCAUGCUUUUGGAGGGCUCAGUACGGUGCCAGCUCAGUCCAAAAUGGAUUUUACGGCUCCAGAUCCUAUCACGCUGCUGUCCGAGAUAUGAAGUUGUUUUUUCCAGAAGGGCUGUGCUGUGCCGAUUCCUGGGUGCUAAAGGAAGAAGAGAUUUGUAACAUGAAAUGUGACCCGAUAGUCAGACCGGAAAUCAGCAAGCGGCACAGGAUUGUAAAACAUGAAACAAGAAGGCAACUCAAUUUCCUGGGCUCCAAGCAGCAGCAUAGUCUAGACCUGCCAUUGCUUGAUACACUCUGCCAAACCACUUGCCUGAUACUUCCCGGGAUAAUCCUUCGGGGUUCAGAGCGCCCGCCUUACCUUGGACUGCUAGACCAGUUGAUUGGCAGAGAUUUCACAGUGACAGGAAUACGGCUCACCGUGCUGGACAAAUCACAGGCUCACCUCAUCUCUGAGACACUGAGCACUGAGGGGUGCGAUGUUUCGACAAUGCAUUCCCUGUUGGACGGGGCAUGUCUGGUGGUAGCAGCACAGCGAGACAAUGCCAUUAUUUGCUUUGAGUCCCUGCUGGACAGUGGCCGCUGGCAGAAGCAGGCUGUGCUGGACUGCAUGCAGCAUCUUCUGUAUCCCCAAACAGAGAAACAGGCUGAGGAGCUGCUCUGUUGCCUUUUUGACUCCUUGACAUCCAACAGCUUCUUCCGCAUCGAAACCCUGGAUUCCUAGUCAGGAUUUUCUGUUCUCCUGACCAGCCCAACUGCAAAUCCUGUCAUGGUAUCAGUACAGGUGCACGCCCUCGGGACUCCACUGGUAGAACAGCCUUGUAACUAUUUGUUAUUAAAAUGUC